CACAUGAUGCCUUUUCGCCACAUCGACUAUGCGAAUGCAAUCCGUCUUGUUUCCAAGCAAGGGUGUUGUUUCUUAACGCAAGUGUGAUGGCUCUCUCCAUGGUACAGCGCGGUCUCUUCGUUGGCGCAGGCAUCAUCACAUGGACUCGCAUCGUGCUUCACCAUGGUGAACGGCGCGCGCCAGUCUCAGGGAUCUGUGGUUAUUCUCGGGCCGAAAGCGCUUGCUGCGAUACACACAUCGUGGUGCCUUAUAGAAACACAGAACUUCCGUGGACGAAUCCAGCGCCUGUCUUCGAAUGACGUUGUCAGACCCGAGAUACGAGCACUGGGGCGACAGAUGUAUCGAAGCACUGCAUGGUCUCUCUCCUCCUACACGCGCAACUCCGCAGCGCCGGUAAUCAGGAUGUCACUGUCAAUGUGUAUCGAGCUGAUAUCUACAUAGACCGCUGUGCUUGUGAGGCUCUCCAGGAGCAUCCUUACCUCUCGACAUGAAGUUUACCCUCUUCACCGGUGCACUCUGCGCUCUGCUCGCUUUCGCUGGUCCGGUGACCGCUGACAAGAGAGACAACCAAUUGCCUGCUCGUGUCCCUUACAUCUUCCCUCCGCCGGGCACCAAUGCUAUCGCCGACAAAAUGCGCAGUUUUCGUGCAGGAGGGGUUCUUCUCGAUCUCGAUGGUGCUCUUCUGAAUAACCCUUUGGUCGCCAAUACCUGGACAGACUUCUUCCAAGUAGUGCGUAGGAACUUGACCAUCCCCGGCAACAUCCGCGAGCUCCUGAUUCUCCGGACCGCCGUAGCCAAUACCGCCACCUAUCAGUGGCUGCAGCACGAGCCUGUGGCCCGGAGCGAAAACAUGACGACCGACCAGCUGCUGUUCGUCCGCUUCGCGCCGCAGAAGACGUUCUCAUGGAACGACGGGCGGCGCACGGGGCUCUCGGACGCGCAGUUGGCGAGCAUGGCGUUCUCGGACUGGAUGGCGGACAACGUGCGCAUCCCGGACAAGGUCUACAAUGCCGUCAAGUCGCACUUCAAUACGUCCCAAAUCAUGGAGAUAACCAUCACGGCCGGCUCGUAUGCCCUGGUGUCGCGCUUGACGGUCGGGCUGGAAUUGGACUCUGACGAGGAUGUAGAGCUGCCUGUGCCUCAGUAGAUUCGUCCAAUGCAUCCAAUUCCCUCGAGCAUUUCACUUUCGUCGCUGUUUCACAGCUCGGCCGCCUGCAUCUAACGUGGGCUGACGCUGGUGACUUGAAGAUGUAGAUGAGAUGUUGUGAUACACGCGUCUGACACCUGGCGACAUGUUCUGGAUGAGAUACAGUCAUUGACGGGACAGUAUCC